AUGGAGAGCGAAAUAUUCACACCCCUUUUGGAGCAGUUCAUGUCUAGCCCUCUUGUCACCUGGGUUAAGACAUUUGGACCGUUAGCUGGAGGAAAUGGGACCAACCUGGAAGAAUAUGUGGCGCUAGUGGACGGCGUGUUUCUGAACGAAGUCAUGCUGCAAAUUAAUCCAAAGUCCGCUAAUCAGAGGAUAAACAAAAAAGUAAACAAUGAUGCAUCAUUAAGGAUUCAAAAUUUGUCUAUUUUGGUGAAACAAAUAAAAACUUACUAUCAGGAGAAUUUGCAGCAGUUGAUCAUGAUGUCUUUGCCAAAUGUAUUAAUAAUUGGCAAAAAUCCUUUUUCUGAGCCAGGUACUGAAGAAAUAAAAAAACUGCUCCUGCUUUUACUUGGAUGUGCAGUUCAGUGUCAGAAAAAAGAAGAAUUUAUUGAAAGAAUCCAGGGUCUGGAUUUUGACACAAGAGCAGCUGUUGCAGCCCAUAUUCAAGAGGUAACUCAUAAUCAGGAAAAUGUCUUUGAUCUACAGUGGAUGGAUGUGAUUGUAUUGACGCAAGAGUAUGUUGAACCUCUCUUGAAAAAUAUGGCGUUACAUUUAAAAAGACUUAUAGAUGAAAGAGAUGAGCACUCAGAGACUAUCAUAGAACUCUCAGAAGAACGAGACUGUCUCCGUUUUCUACCUCAUGCAUCAGCAGCACAAUCACCUUGUGGAUCUCCUGGCAUGAAACGCACUGAAAGCAGACAGCACCUGUCAGUCGAGCUGGCAGAUGCCAAAGCAAAGAUAAGAAGGCUUAGGCAAGAGCUUGAGGAAAAGACUGAGCAGUUGCUUGACUGUAAACAAGAACUUGAACAGAUGGAAGCUGAACUGAAGAGACUUCAGCAAGAGAAUAUGAAUUUACUCUCAGAUGCCCGUUCUGCCAGAGUGUAUAGAGAUGAAUUAGAUGCUCUUCGUGAGAAGGCAAUUCGAGUCGACAAGCUUGAAAGUGAAGUCAGCCGGUAUAAAGAGAGGCUGCAUGAUAUUGAAUUCUACAAAGCUAGAGUGGAGGAGUUAAAAGAAGACAAUCAAGUUUUGCUAGAAACAAAGACAAUGCUGGAAGAUCAAUUAGAGGGGACCCGAGCCCGUUCUGAUAAAUUACAUGAGUUAGAAAAAGAGAAUCUCCAAUUAAAAGCUAAAUUACAUGAUAUGGAGAUGGAGCGUGAUAUGGACAGAAAGAAGAUUGAGGAACUGAUGGAGGAAAAUAUGACUCUAGAAAUGGCUCAGAAACAGAGUAUGGAUGAAUCAUUGCAUCUUGGCUGGGAACUUGAACAGAUAAAUAGGACUACUGAACUUUCUGAAGUGCCACAGAAAUCACUUGGUCAUGAGGUAAAUGAACUGACGUCAAGCAGAUUACUGAAGUUGGAAAUGGAAAACCAAAGUUUGCUGAAGACAGUGGAAGAACUACAAAAUGCAGUGGGUUCUGUAGAAGGCAGUAGUUCAAGGAUUCUGAAAAUGGAAAAAGAAAACCAAAGACUUAGCAAAAAGCUUGAAGAGCUAGAGAAUGAAAUUAGCCAAGAGAGACAAAGUCUUCAAAACAGUCAAAAUUUGAGUAAAGAUUUGAUGAAAGAAAAAGCACAACUUGAAAAGACACUUGAAACACUUCGAGAAAACUCAGAGCGACAAAUUAAGCUAUUAGAACAAGAAAAUGAACAUUUGAAUCAAACUGUAGCUUCUCUAAGACAACGGUCACAAAUCAGUGCUGAAGCAAGAAUGAAAGAAAUUGAAAAAGAAAAUAAAAUCCUUCAUGAGUCUAUUAAAGAAACCAGCAGUAAGUUAAAUAAGAUUGAAUUUGAAAAAAAGCAAGUCAGGAAAGAACUGGAACACUAUAAAGAGAAAGGAGAGAGAGCAGAAGAACUCGAGAAUGAGCUGCAUCAUCUGGAGAAGGAAAAUGAAUUAUUACAGAAAAAAAUUACUAACUUAAAAAUUACUUGUGAGAAGAUCGAGGCCUUAGAACAAGAAAACUCAGACCUGGAAAUGGAAAACAGAAAACUAAAAAAAACUUUGGAUAGUCUAAAAAAUCUCACAUUUCAAUUGGAAUCCUUAGAAAAGGAGAAUUCACAACUUGAUGAAGAAAAUUUGGAAUUAAGAAGAACAAUUGAAUCCUUGAAGUGUACAAGCAUUAAAGUGGCACAAUUACAGUUAGAAAAUAAGGAACUGGAGAGUGAAAAGGAGCAACUUAAAAAAAGCCUUGAACUCAUGAAAGCCUCAUUUAAGAAAACUGAACGCUUGGAAGUCAGUUAUCAAGGCCUAGACACAGAAAACCAAAGGCUACAGAAAGCCCUUGAAAACAGCAAUAAGAAGAUUCAGCAAUUAGAAAGUGAAUUACAAGAUUUAGAGUCUGAAAAUCAGACUCUGCAAAAGAACUUAGAAGAGUUAAAGAUCUCUAGUAAGCGCCUAGAGCAAUUGGAAAAGGAGAGUAAGUUGUUAGAGCAAGAGACUUCUCAACUGGAAAAAGAUAAGAAACAGCUAGAAAAAGAAAAUAAAAGGCUUCGACAACAAGCAGAAAUUAAAGAUAGUACUUUAGAAGAAAACAAUGUAAAAAUUAGUAAUCUGGAAAAGGAAAAUAAAUCUCUAUUUAAAGAAAUAGUUGUAUAUAAAGAGUCAUGUGUGCGCCUGAAAGAACUAGAAAAAGAAAAUAAAGAACUCGUGAAAAGAGCUACCAUUGAUAAGAAAACCCUCGUCACUUUACGAGAGGACUUGGUGAAUGAAAAAUUGAAGACUCAACAAAUGAACAAUGAUCUAGAAAAACUUGCCCAUGAACUUGAAAAAAUAGGCUUAAACAAGGAGCGUCUCUUGCAUGAUGAACAGAGCAGUGAUGACAGGUACAAGCUUUUGGAGUCAAAAUUAGAAUCCACACUUAAGAAGUCUCUCGAAAUAAAAGAAGAAAAAAUUGCUGCUUUGGAGGCUCGUUUAGAAGAAUCGACAAAUUUAAACCAGCAACUCCGUCAGGAACUUAAAACAGUGAAAAAGAACUAUGAAGCUCUCAAGCAAAGACAAGAAGAGGAAAGGAUGGUUCAGAAUUCUCCUCCAAGAAGUGGAGAAGACAAUCAAUCUGUCAAUAAGUGGGAGAAAGAAAAUCAGGAAACUACUAGAGAAUUAUUGAAAGUUAAAGAUCGAUUAAUCGAAGUAGAAAGGAAUAAUGCUACACUGCAGGCAGAGAAGCAAGCACUGAAGACACAAUUAAAGCAACUUGAGACACAGAAUAGCAAUCUGCAGGCUCAGAUUCUUGCACUUCAGAGACAGACUGUUUCUCUACAGGAGCAAAAUACAACUCUACAAACUCAAAAUGCCAAGCUGCAGGUUGAAAAUUCCACCCUUAAUUCUCAAAGCACAUCUCUAAUGAAUCAGAAUGCACAACUGUUGAUCCAGCAGUCUGCGUUAGAAAAUGAGAAUGAAUGUAUGCUCAAGGAACGUGAGGAUCUGAAAUCAUUGUAUGAUUCACUUCUCAAAGAUCAUGAAAAACUGGAACACCUGCAUGAACGCCAAGCGUCCGAGUAUGAAUCUCUGAUUGCUAAACAUGGAAGUCUUAAAUCUGCGCACAAAAAUCUGGAGGUGGAGCAUAAGGACUUAGAAGAUAGGUACAAUCAGUUGCUGAAACAGAAAGUGCAGCUGGAAGAAUUGGAGAAAGUACUCAAGGUAGAACAGGAGAAGAUGCUGCAGCAAAAUGAGAAACAUGAAACUGUAGCAGCAGAGUAUAAAAAACUUCGUGAUGAAAAUGACAGGCUUACUCACACAUACAGUCAGCUCUUGAGAGAGAAUGAAGUUCUCCAGACUGAUCAUAAGAAUUUGAAAACAUUAUUGAACAAUUCCAAACUAGAACAAACACGAUUAGAAGCUGAGUUUUCAAAACUCAGGGAACAGUACCAGCAACUGGAUAUUACAUCUACGAAACUAAAUAAUCAGUGUGAGCUGCUUAGCCAGCUUAAAGGAAAUCUGGAGGAGGAAAACAGACAUCUACUAGAUCAAAUUCAGACAUUAAUGCUACAGAAUAGAACAUUACUUGAGCAGAAUAUGGAAAGCAAGGAUCUCUUCCAUGUAGAGCAAAGGCAGUACAUUGACAAGCUAAAUGAAUUAAGGCGACAGAAGGAGAAAUUGGAGGAGAAGAUAAUGGAUCAGUAUAAAUUUUAUGAACCGUCACCACCAAGAAGAAGGGGCAACUGGAUUACUCUGAAAAUGAGGAAGCUGAUAAAAUCAAAGAAGGAUGUUAAUCGAGAACGUUUGAAGUCUGUGACCCUUACGCCUACCCGUUCAGAAUCCAGCGAAGGAUUUCUUCAGCUGCCCCACCAGGACAGUCAGGAUAGUUCCUCUGUGGGCUCAAACUCUCUGGAAGAUGGCCAAACCUUGGGGACCAAAAAGAGUAGUA